ACUUCCAAAUUUUCCCGGACUGAAAAUGUUCUCUUGAACACUCGAGAGAGGGAGAGAGUGUGUGUGAUUUUUGUCGAUCAGAAGCAGAAAGGCUUAAUUACAAUUCCCCAUAAACAACAAUGUGGAAGCUUAACCAGUCUAUUUUGGGUGGAGAUGAAGAGAGAGAAGACAACUCGUGGGAUGAGAGUGAAGGCCUCUGCUCUCUCUCUCCUAUGCAGAGAAUGUACGCGUUCGCUGCCUGCAUGAUCGCUGGCCUUGUUUGUAUGUUUCUGUCACUGAUUGUUUUUGCCAAACCCAUCAAGUUUGCAGUGUUAUUCACUUUUGGGAAUGUGUUGGCUGUCGGAAGCACAGCCUUCCUCAUUGGACCUGGGCAACAGAUAAGAAUGAUGUUUGAUCCUGUCCGUGUUUAUGCUACAGCUAUUUAUGUUGGAUGUGUUGUUGUUGCUCUCAUCUGUGCUCUUUUGAUCCAUAGUAAGAUUUUAACAAUACUUGCAAUUAUAUGUGAGAUCUGUGCCCUUCUUUGGUACAGUUUAAGCUACAUUCCAUUUGCCCGCGGAAUGGUUUCUAACUUGAUGAUACGUCUUUUUGACACUGAGAUAUAGACAAUGCAACUUCAAAGGAUUGUAUCUCCAAUUUAAUCGUCAAAGAAAAUUCUGAGGCACUGAGAUUUGAUUGACUCCUCCAUAUUCCCUUUUCUCUAAUUUUUUAAUUUAUUUUUCCCUCAUCCUUGAGUUGGCUUGUAAUGCGUUAUAUAUUAGGGUUGGAUUGUUUGGGCUUGUGGUUGUUUUGGUGAUGGAGGUUGUAUCUUUGGGUUCUUUUCUUAUUCCUGGUGGUUUCCUCUUGUUUCUCUUUUACUUCCUUUGAUGUGUCAAUGAGACAGUCAAGGCUUCAUUUAUUGAGCAGAAAAGAAAAAGCAACAGGGCCAGGCCUGUUAGUAAGA